UGGCCCCCAAGUUUUUAUGCCGACAAAACCAACGCCGACAGCACCAACUACAUAUUCAAUCUCAUCUCCUCUCUCUCGGCACUCUCCUAACGCUCAAGCCCUACAAUCUCUUAAACUAUCGAUAUCAGUUUUCCUCGUUUAGAUUCAAAAUCAAUUGUCGAUGGCGCUUCUGUUGGGCCCUCCAGAGAUCUGCAAUUUCAUUUGUACGGAAACUAGAACAACCGGGGAAGGCAACAAUGAUUUUAUGGACAUGCUGCGGCGGGGCAUGGUGAUGGAAGGAACCCAUCUGAUGGGAAGGACAGAGAAUUUUUCUCCAACCUAUUUGUCUUCAGGGGACGCCUGCCUCGACUUUUUCUUUCACGUCGUGCCGGACACUCCGUCUGAGAAGGUAACCCAAUUGCUGGAAGCUGCAUGGAAGCAAAACCCUCUCACUGCUCUGAAGCUGGUCUCUCAAUUGAGAGGGGUCCGAGGAACGGGCAAAUCCGACCGAGAGGGAUUCUACGCUGCCGCCUGUUGGAUGCAUUCUCACCACCCCAAAACCCUCCUUGCCAAUCUCUCCACCUUUGCUGAAUUCGGGUACCUGAAAGAUCUCCCCGAGAUACUUCUCCGCAUACUGCAAGGGCCCCAACAGACUGAUCGAAGAAGGGCCCAGAAGGCGGCGCACAAGAAGAAGAUCGACCUUGCCAAAGUCAGAUUUAAGCGAAGGCGUGGGAGCUCCGGCUAUUUUGCCCGGAAGGGCGCCGCUGCAAGAGAGGCCAAAAAGCGUGGAACUCUCAAGCCCAGAGAAGAGAGGAUCGCAGCACAGUUGUUGGAAGGAAAGCAGAAAAGCCAAGCAGCAAGGGUUUCUAAGAGGCAAAAGUUGAUGGAAGAUGCGUCGAGAGCCCUGAAACGCUACUCCAAUGAUGCACAGUACAGAGCACUGCAUGAUGCAACAGCCCAGCAUUUCGCCAAUUUACUUGCACAGGACUUGGAUGUGCUUCACUCCGGCAACGUGAGGACCAUAACCCUAGCCGCAAAAUGGUGCCCUUCUCUCGACUCCUCGUACGAUCUUUCCACUCUUCUCUGCGAAAACAUUGCGCGAAGAGUUUUCCCGCGUGAAGAGUACCCCGAUGUGGCAGAUGAGAGGCAUUAUGCCUAUAGGGUCCGCGACAGGCUGAGGAAACAAGUGCUGGUUCCGCUGCGGAAAGCCAUGCAGUUGCCUGAGGUGUAUAUGAGCGCGAAUUUGUGGAGCGAAUUGCCAUACACUAGAGUGGCCUCUGUAGCAAUGAAGAAUUACAAGAAGCUCUUUGUCAAGCACGACUCAGACAGAUUCGCCCAAUUUCUUGCAGAUGUGGAAAGCGGUGAAAAGAAAAUAGCGGCUGGAGCGCUGCUUCCCCAUGAGAUCGUUGAACAAGCGCUUGAGUCGGAGGGCAACGAUAAGGUAGCAGAGCUUCAGUGGCUACGAAUGGUGGAAGACAUGACCAGGGAAGGGAAUCUAUCUGACAGCCUGGCGGUGUGUGACGUGUCAGGCAGCAUGAGUGGACUUCCCAUGCAAGUCUGCAUUGCUCUUGGACUGCUCGUUUCGGAAAUGAGCGCCGAACCCUGGAAAGGCCACGUAAUCACCUUUAGCGCGAACCCGGAGCUGCACUUGGUCAAGGGCGACACUCUGGCGGAGAAAUACAGAUUUACAGAGAAAAUGGAUUGGGGUAUGAAUACUGAUUUUCAAAAAGUUUUUGGUGUGAUUCUCAGCAUGGCCUGCAAAUGCAAGCUCCAGCCAGAGAAAAUGAUUAAACAGUUGUUUGUGUUGAGUGACAUGGAAUUCGACCAAGCUUCGUUAAAUCCAUGGGAAACAGAUUACAUGGCAAUAAAGAGGAAAUAUAAAGAGGCAGGGUAUGGGGCGCCUCCGAGGAUCGUGUUUUGGAACCUUCGUGAUUCACAGAGCACGCCGGUGAUUAAAGAGGAAGAGGGCGUUGCAAUGAUGAGCGGAUAUUCCAAGAACCUGCUCAAAUUGUUCUUGAACAAUGGGGAGAUAAAUCCAAUGCUAGUGCUAAAGCAGGCAAUUGAAGGGAAAUUGUUCCAACAAUUGGUUGUCCUCGAUUGAAACUGUCUUAUUUUAUUUCGAGGAUUCAAUUUUGAA